CCCUGACGGCCAUGCAUUCCAACGCUUUCUCGACCAGGUGCAUCCAGACGACUCCAACGUUUUACAUGUACCCGGUCCAUAUAUGUAAUGUUCCAAUUCCAACAACAAAUGCAUGCAUGUAGCGGCCCAGGCCUGUAGCCGUACACAGGGUUGUACCGAGCUCAUGAGCUACAGCUCGAACCCCUCUGGAGUCAAUCAAGGUCCGUCUGUUCUCGAGGGGAUUCUGGAGAUACAGACGGAUGCUGGCAGUCGCCAUGUCGCACUUGUCCUUCCUCGUGCGACAUCACCGAGCGACUGUCUGUCCGUCGCACGUGCCACCAUGGACAGAGUAGCGAAGGCCAGACCUGUAGCCGUGCAUAUGUGCGGCCUCCUCAGAAUGGGCACUGCGCGACGACGACAGCACUCCUUUUCGUUUUCUCUUGCUGGUGUUGUUCUUGUUCAGCGACUGCAGGAAAGCGUCAUGACCAACAGGUCGGAGUUCUUAACUGGGUCCGAAGCGUGGCAGUGCUGCGGUUUCUGUUUCCUCUCCCUUUGUGGAGGCGGAGGCACAGGUGGUCUCCUCAAGCCAGAUUAUCUUGAUUCGUUGCCUCUGUGGACGUGUUCCUCCUUGGUAUGCCAUAGCCAGAGCUUCUUCCUCAGUAUGGAGGCAUCUCCUUCAGCUAUAGCUUCGUCUUCUUCUCCCUCCCCACCCAGAUUGCCCCUACUGGGCAGCAGCUUGUCUACAGCCAUGGAGUCUUUCUUGUUCACCUCCGAGUCCGUCAAUGAAGGACAUCCUGACAAGCUUUGCGACCAGGUUUCCGACGCUGUGCUGGAUGCGUGUCUUGAGCAAGAUCCCGACAGCAAGGUCGCAUGCGAGACAUGCACGAAGACCGGAAUGGUGAUGGUGUUCGGAGAGAUCACCACAAAGGCGAAGGUUGACUACGAGAAGAUUGUGAGGGACACGUGUCGAGGGAUCGGUUUCACGUCUGAGGAGGUUGGUCUUGACUGUGACAAGUGUAAGGUGCUGGUUAAUAUCGAGGAACAGAGUCCAGAUAUCGGCCAAGGGGUGCACGGAAUGGGGACAAAGAGGCCGGAGGAUAUUGGAGCAGGCGAUCAGGGAAUCAUGUUUGGAUAUUCGACGGACGAGACGCCGGAGCUGAUGCCUCUCACUCACGUGCUUGCCACACAAAUUGGCGCCAAGCUGACUGAAGUUCGCAAGAAUGGUACGGUCCAAUGGUUGCGACCGGACGGGAAGACGCAAGUGACUGUGGAGUACAGGAAACAGGGCGGCGCCCUCGAACCCAUUCGCGUUCACACUGUCUUGAUCUCGACGCAGCACGACGAGACAGUGUCCAACGAUCAGAUCGCCGCCGAUUUGCGCGAGUAUGUGAUCAAGCCUGUUGUCCCGGAGAAGUAUCUUGAUGAGAACACCAUCUUCCAUCUCAAUCCCUCUGGCAGGUUUGUGAUUGGUGGGCCGCACGGCGACGCAGGGCUGACUGGGAGGAAAAUCAUUGUCGACACAUAUGGGGGGUGGGGUGCACAUGGAGGCGGGGCUUUCAGCGGAAAAGACCCCACGAAGGUGGACCGCAGCGGAGCAUACAUUGUCCGCCAAGCGGCGAAGAGUGUAGUGGCAGCAGGGCUUGCACGGCGCUGCAUAGUUCAAGUCUCGUAUGCUAUCGGAGUGGCGGAGCCCCUGUCAGUCUUUGUCGACACGUAUGGAACGGGGAAGAUUCGCGAUUCUGAAAUCUUGGAGAUCAUAAAGGAGAACUUCGAUUUCCGGCCGGGCAUGAUUAUCCUGGCAUUGGACCUGAAGCGAGGCGGGAACAGGAGGUAUCAGAAGACAGCGGCUUAUGGUCACUUUGGUAGGAAUGAUCCAGACUUCACCUGGGAGCACCCUAAGCCCCUGGCGUGGAAAGGGAAACCAAUCAAGCUCGCUGAUUAAGGAUAUUCACGUAAGAAGUGGGUGAUUGAUGACGUUGUGAAGUGUCUGUAUUACUUAAUUUCAUUGGGGUAAGUUUGUUUCAGAUCCUCGAAGACUGAAUGGGCUCCUAGUGGUUGCGCAGGAGGGAGAGAGCAGAGAUGCAGUGGGUGGUUUGCUCAAAACAGUGGAGGAUGGCUUGUGCACGAAAGAGCUAACACCGUACACACGGUCUCAUACACACAUAGUCUGGCACAGUCAUGCUUUUUUUGUGCAGUUGUGUACAACGAACACGACAAUGCACACACAUGCACACAAACACACACAUAAUCAGUUCUAUGUCUGUCUGUCUUUCUCUUGUUGUUUGUCCUUUCUCCAAUUUUUUUCCAUGUACUUUCUGUGUGUCUAAGUGAGCAUUUUUAAGAAGUGCUAAAUAAAUAGUCAGUUGUCGG